UCCUCCUCUUUCCUCAGAAGUGAUCUGUGGCCGGCCGGACUUCAUUCCACAGAUGUGCUUUAACAAAGUGUGAAGCUGAACUCUGAGCUGUGACAGUGAAGCAGUGUGAGAGUGUCAGUAGAUGAUCAGCAGAGGAAAGUGAAGCUGCUGUGAGCUGAUGUCCUGAAGGGCUUUUAAAGAGUCUCUGAGUUUGACAGGAACAUGAAGAUGUUUGUGGUGUUUGUGAUCCUCCUGCACGUUUCCCAGCAUGCCUCGGCUCUGGAGGUGUAUGAGGGGGUGGAGUCUGUCCUGCUGAUCUGCAAGGACACUUCUGUACCUUUUGACCCCACUCUGAUGUGGACUCGCCACGACCUCGAUCCUCCAAUCGUCCACGAGUGUAAUGAUGCAGGAGAUGAACUGACAGAUCAAAACCAGCGUUACAGGAAAAGAACGUCCAUGAAGACGGACUCUCUGAGGACCGGAGACUUCAGCCUCACUCUGAGGAACCCCAUCAUCUCUGACAGCGGCACCUACACCUGCACCAUCACUGCAUUUGGAAAUGAACGGACACUGACAGCAGUAGAGCUGCAGGUCAAAGUGUCCCACCAAGUCCUCACCCUGGAGGUGUACGAUGGGGCGGAGUCAGCCCUGCUGCCCUGUCACAUCCCGUUUGUGUCUGGACCCUCCACAGUGGUGUGGAGCCGCUACGACCUCAAUCCUCCAACCGUCCACCAGCGUCAGCAGGAAGACGACGAGCUGACAGAUCAAAACCAGCGUUACAGAGACCGAACAUCCAUGAAGACUGACGCUCUGCAGACUGGAGACUUCAGCCUCACCCUGAGGAAACCCCACAUCUUUGACAGCGGCAACUACACCUGCACCAUCAGAGUGACGGGAGAAGAACCCAGACUGACAGAUGUUCAGCUGCAGGUCAAAGAGCCGUACAUCUUUCCUGCUGAGGCCUGGGUUCUCCUGGCUGUCAUGAUUAUUGCUGCUACUGUGGCACUUGGAGUGUAUUUAUGGAAGUUACUGAAGAAAGAUGGUUCCGAGUUUGCCUUGUACUAA